AUGAAGAGCACAACAUUCCUCCUCAUCCUCAUCGUAGCUAUUGCCCUCUUCAUAUGCAUAGCAGGUGCUAGAGACCUAUCAGAAAACCAUCGUAAGGAGCACGAGCAUGACCAUCGUGAGACGCAUUUAGACCAUCACCAUGAGAAGGAUAACAAAGAUGGCCACCAUCCGCAUAACCCACAUGAGGAGCAUCAUGAAGUGCAUGAUCAUAGGGAUCACAAGGACGAUGAGAAGCAUGAACAUGACAAACGGGAGAAGGAUCAUAACGAGCACGAGCACGACAAACGCAAGAAGGAAUAUCGUAAUGAGCAUGACCAUGACGAACACGAACACAAGAAGGAUCAUAAAGAGCACGACGAUGACAAACAUAAGCAGCAUCACAAGAGGCACGAUGAUGACCAUUAUAAGAGGGAUCAUAAGGAGCAUGAUGGCCCUCAUUAUUGA